AUGGAGAAACUUUCUAAUGGUGAAUUUUUGACGACCAAUGGUAACGUAUAUGAGCCACCGCAAGGAGAGAUGGAAGAAAAACUAGCUGCAAUCUGGAGUGAGCUGCUAGGCAUUGAGUGCAUCAGUCGACGCGACAAUUUCUUUGAAUUGGGUGGCCACUCUUUUCUGAUUGAACGAAUGCUGAAACAACUGCGACAAGCCGGGUUGGACACUAGCUUCGGAAAAAUAUUUGCCACGCCCAACUUGGCCGCUCUUUCAAAAACCCUCGUCCACUACAAGGCACCCAGUAUUCUACCCAAUCUGAUUACUAAAGACAGCAAAAUGAUUACUCCGGAUAUGUUGCCGCUUAUCGAUUUAACUCAGGAAGAGAUUGAUGCAUUAGUCGCUCAGAUGCCGGGUGGUAUAGCUAAUAUUCAAGACAUUUAUGGGUUGGCACUAUCAAAGCAAUUCAGUGAAAUGUUUUCCGACAUUGAUACACCAACCCUUCCGUUUGGUAUGAACGACGUUCAUGGCGACGGGACUCCGAUCAAUGAAGCGCAUCUGAAGUUAUCACAUGAGCUUAUUAAUCAGUUGAGGGCCCUUGCACGUCAUUUACAUGUUAGCUUGGCCAGCCUUUGCCAUUUGGCAUGGGCACAAGUACUUGCUAAAACCAGUGGACACAAGACAGUUGUCUUUGGCACCGUACUAUUCGGUCGUUUACAAUCCGAAGAGAAUAACAGUACAAUGGGGCUAUUGAUGAACACACUACCAAUUAGGCUGGAUAUCGAUGAAAGAUCGGUAGAGAGCGCCGUGCGUCAUACUCACUCACGUUUGAGUGCAUUGCUAGAGCAUGAACAUGCAUCUCUUGCGUUGGCGCAACGUUGCAGCGGACUUCCAGCAAAUUUGCCACUUUUCAAUGCGCUAUUGAAUUAUCGUCAUAAUCAGCCGAGUAUGGAUGUCACUACACCGAUGCAUGGAGUUACAUUCCAGGGCGGUGAGGAGCGGACAAAUUAUCCAAUAAGUCUAUCGGUGAAGGACGACAGUGAGGCGUUGGUUCUAACGGCCCAAGUGUUGUCGCCAAUAUCAGCGGCACAGAUUUGUGGUUAUAUGCAACAGGCCCUCUCCUCACUUGCUGAUGCAUUAAGUCACACACCACAGCGACCUGUACGAACAUUGACAGUGAUGCCACCAGAAGAACGUGAUAUGCUGUUGCAUGUUUGGAACCAAACGAAAGUUAAUUAUCCAUCUGAUCGCUGUCUUCAUCAGUUAUUUGAGGCAGAAGUAGAACGCGAUGGACGAGCGAUUGCCGUCGAGUGUGGUGAUGAAAGUUUAAGUUAUGAAGAACUCAAUGCACAGUCUAACCGGCUAGCACAUUUUUUGAUUGCACAAGGCGUCAAGCCAGAUGAUCCCGUCGCACUUUGCGGUAAGCGCAGUACAAAACUACUCGUCGCCAUUUUGGGCAUUCUAAAAGCUGGCGGUGCUUAUGUUCCUCUUGAUCCGGCCUACCCAAGUCAACGGUUGACAAAUAUUCUCAUGGAUGCUGAUCCACUGUAUUUAUUGGCAGAUUGCAUUGGUAAGGAAGCACUUGGAGAUCAUGUAGUGCCAGUGCUAGAUUUGGAUGAAGCGUUGCUAGAUAUUUUUCCGGCCGACAAUACUGACCCAGCUAAACUGGGACUUACUUCGGCACAUUUGGCUUAUAUAGUUUAUACCUCCGGAACGACCGGAAUACCAAAAGGGGUAUUAGUUGAACAUCGGCAAGUAACAAACUACCUUGACUGGUGUAAAGAGACGUUUGCGACUGAGGACUUCCAGAAUACAUUGUUUUCAACUUCUGUCGGUUUUGAUCCAUCCGUUUUUCAAUGUUUUGCUCCGUUGUCAAUGGGAAAGACGAUACAUGUCGUUGCCAAUGCACUCGCCAUUACAAAUAUACCAUUCAACGUCUCCCUACUAGAUACUGUACCUUCUGCCGUAAAUGCAAUACUAAAUGCGGGCACUGUACCAUCUUCACUCCGCACACUCAGUGUGGUGGGAGAGCCGCUAAACACACGCCUAAUCAAUCGCAUUUUUACACACACAAAAAUCAAAAAAUUAUAUAACCUCUAUGGAUCGACUGAAUCGACUUAUGCAACUUUUCAUCUAUAUAAACCCGGGGAUCAUGCUUUUGAAACAAUAGGGCGUCCUAUUUCCAACUCUCGCAUUUACCUAUUAGAUGCACAUGGCCAACUAGUUCCUUUUGGAGCCGAAGGAGAACUAUAUAUUGGUGGCGCUGUUAUAGCUCGCGGCUACUUAAAUCGACCGGAACUUACCGCGGAACGUUUUCUUCCGGAUAUAUUCAGUGAGAAUCCAUCGGCACACAUGUUCCGUACUGGUGAUCGAGCACGCUAUCUGCCUGAUGGCAAUUUGGUCUAUUUAGGUCGCAUAGAUCACCAAAUGAAAAUACGAGGUUUUCGAAUUGAGCCUGGAGAAAUUGAAGCGCGUCUCGUUGAACAUCCACUGGUACGUGAUGCCGUUGUACAAGCAUGGACAAACGGUCCUGAUGUUAACGUUUGUCUGAUAGCAUAUGUAGUUGCUGACUCGAAUAUAUCGCUUGCUCAGAAUUUAAGAACAUAUCUUACUAGCUUAUUGCCUGAUUAUAUGGUGCCGGCAGCUUAUAUGUGUCUUUCCUCUUUGCCAAUCACAGCAAACGGUAAGCUAGAUCGUUCGGCCUUGCCGCCUCCGAACGAUGAAGCAUUUGCUCACCAGUCAUACGAAGCUCCGCAGGGUGAAAUUGAAGAAAAACUAGCUGUAAUAUGGAGUGAGCUGCUAAGUAUUGAACGUAUCAGUCGGAACGAUAAUUUCUUUGAAUUGGGAGGACAUUCACUGUUGAUUAUACGUAUGCUAACACAACUGCGGAAAGUCGGAUUAGAUGCCUGUGUUCAAGAAGUGUUUGAUAGUACCUCAUUAGCCGCACUAGCUAAGAUUAUUGGUAAAUACCAGAAAAUCAGUAUUCCACCCAAUCUGAUUACCGAAAAUUGCAUGAAGAUUACACCGGACAUGUUGCCGCUUAUCGAUCUAACUCAGACGGAGAUUGAUGCGUUGGUCGAACAGGUGCCAGGUGGAUUGGUUAAUAUUCAAGAUAUUUAUGGAUUGGCACCAUUACAGGAAGGUAUAUUGUUCCAUCAUAUGAUAGCUGAACUUGGUGACCCGUACCUGCAGCUCAUUCGUCUGCAAUUUAAAAACAAGAUAACACUUGAUAGUUAUGCUGCCGCUUUGCAACAAGUGAUAGAACGACACGAUAUUCUGCGCACUGUCUUUUUGUGGGAAGGACUCAGUGAGCCGGCUCAAGUUGUCUUGCGUUACGUUUCCCCGCCACUCACCGAAAUAACACUGGAUGAUACUAAGGAGCCGGUAUUAGAACAAUUAAGCAAGCAUUUCAAUCCUCAAUACUACAAACAAGACCUGAUGCAUGCACCUUUAUUGCGUUUGAUGGCUGCACCAACUUCUCAGGGUGAUUGGGUAGCAGUGUUACUUAUGCAUCAUUUGAUUAGUGAUCAUAGAACUCUAGAAAGAUUGAAUGCAGAAGUUCAUGCCAUUAUCGGCGAACAAAGUGAACAGUUGUCGCCGCCAAAACCUUACCGUCAUGUAGUAGCUCAGGCCCGCUUCGGUGUAAGCCAAGCCGAGUAUACAAAGUUCUUCAGCGAAAUGCUCGCUGACGUUGAUACGCCCACAUUGCCCUUCGGUCUAAGCGAUGUCCAUGGAGACGGUACUGAAAUUGAUGAAGCCCGUCUUAAGUUGCCGCCGACACUCAAUGAUCAAUUACGUGAGCAAGCACGACGUUCGCAAGUAAGUCUAGCUAGCCUAUGUCAUUUGGCGUGGGCACGGGUUCUUGCCAGCGUCAGUGGAAACGAGACCGUUGUAUUUGGUACCGUGUUACUCAGCCGUUUACAGGCUGGAGAAGAAAACGAAAGCGUUAUGGGUAUGUUGAUAAAUACGCUACCUUUAAGAUUGGACAUAGAUGAAACAACGAGCGAGAGUGCUGUACGAAAGACUCAUUCUCGGUUAAGUGCGUUGCUUGCACACGAACAUGCAUCGCUUGCAUUGGCUCAACGAUGUAGUGGUGUAUCAGCUUCUCUGCCACUUUUCAGCGCACUAUUAAACUAUAUUCACAAUGAGCCGACCGAACAGAUCAAUAUGUCGAUUUCGGGAGUAAAUUUACUAGACGGUCAGGGGCGAACUAAUUACCCAUUAAUCCUCUCGAUAGAUGACAAUGACAACUCACUGAGUUUUAUAGUCCAAGUGCUGUCAACUAUAUCAGCGGCAAGAAUCUGUGGCUACAUGCAACAGGCUCUCGUCUCGCUUGCCGAUUCAUUAACACACACACCUCUACAAUCAUUGCGGACAUUGACAGUGAUGCCACCAGAAGAGCGUGAAAUGCUGUUACAUACAUGGAACCAAACGACAGUGAAUUAUCCACCUGUUCGUUGUCUUCAUCAAUUAAUUGAGGCACAGGCGAAGCGUGACGGACAAUCGAUUGCCGUGGAGUGUGAAAGUAAAACAAUGAACUAUGCUGAACUGAAUGCCCAAGCAAACCAAUUGGCACACUAUUUGAUCGAAAAAGGUGUUAAACCAGAUGAUCGCAUCGCACUUUGCGUUAAACGCAGCACAAAAAUGAUCAUUGCUAUAUUGGGAAUUCUAAAAUGUGGCGGUGCUUAUGUACCACUCGAUCCUGCUUAUUCGAGUCAACGGAUUAAUUAUAUGUUGCAGGACGCCAAUCCAUUGUAUGUGUUGACCGACUCGAAUGGUCAGAAAGCACUUGGAACCCAUCAUGUAUCAGAGGUGAAUUUGGACCAGCCACUACCUGAUGGCCUGCCAGAAAAUAAUCCAGAUCCGGUUAAGCUUGGGAUUAAUUUUGAGCAUCUGGCUUAUGUUAUCUACACAUCUGGCUCUACCGGGACCCCAAAAGGGGUGAUGAUUGAACAUCAAUCUCUGCUCAAUUUAGUUCAAUCUCAAACUUGUAUUUAUGAAAUAACUCAUAAGAGUCGCCUGUUACAAUUUGCUUCUUGUUCUUUUGAUACAAGCAUAUUGGAAAUCUCAAUGGCUCUAACAAGUGGAUCAUGCCUCUACAUACCAAACGAUGAAAUCCGUCAAACGGACACCUCCUUGACUGCAUACAUGAACGCUGAAAAGAUAACUCAUGCUCUUUUACCGCCGGCCUUAUUCCGAAACACACAAAAUCUAAGUGAUUUAACUUGCUUGAAUGCGUUAAUUUUGGGCGGUGAAACGCCUUCGUUAUCGUUGUUACAAUCUGUCUCUAACCAUACUAAAGUUUAUAAUGGUUAUGGUCCAACGGAGACAACCAUUGGUGUUACUACUUGGUCAUUUUCGGACGAUUUUACCUGCCAUUCGAUACCCAUUGGUCGUCCAAUAGCCAAUACAUGGAUUUAUCUACUCGAUUCACAUGGCGAACCGGUUCCAUUGGGAGCCGAGGGAGAAAUGUAUAUUGGUGGUGUUGGAGUUGCUCGUGGUUACCUCAACCGACCUGAGCUUACCGUCGAACGGUUCAUACCGGAUCCGUUUAGUGAGAAUUCAGUGGCACGCAUGUACCGCACCGGUGAUCUGGCGCGCUAUCUACCUGAUGGCAAUCUCGUUUAUAUGGGACGUACCGACCAACAAAUAAAAAUUCGUGGCUUCCGAAUUGAGCCCGGAGAAAUCGAAGCUCGCCUUGUUGAAAAUCCAUUAGUGCACGAAGCGGUUGUUUUGCCUUGGAAAAACGGCCCCAAUACUGAUGCUCAACUAGUCGCUUAUGUUGUGGCUAAGCGAAAUACAUCUCUCGUUCAGAAUUUACGCUCCUAUUUAGAAUCUGUACUGCCCGCUUAUAUGGUGCCUGCAGCUUAUGUUUGUCUGUCUGCCUUUCCCCUCACACCAAACGGCAAACUGGAUCGUCGUGCUCUACCGCAGCCGGAUUAUGAUGCUUUUGCACAUCAGUCGUAUGAGGCACCCCAAGGUGAAAUGGAAGUAAAACUAGCCGCAAUAUGGAGUGAACUAUUGGGUAUUGAACGUAUUAGCCGGCAUGACAAUUUCUUCGCAUUAGGCGGCCAUUCCCUACUGAUUGUACGAAUGCAGUUAUUGCUUAGGCAGUCGGGGUUGGACACCAAUUUUCGAGAAGCGUUUGAUACUCCCAACUUGGCCGCACUUUCGAAGGCUAUCCGUAAACACCAGAAUAUCUGUAUUCCACCCAAUCUGAUUACUGAGGACAACACAAUGAUUACUCCGGAAAUGUUGCCGCUUAUCGAUCUAAGUGAGGCUGAGAUUGAUGUAUUGGUUACACAGGUACCAGGAGGUGUGUCCAAUAUUCAAGAUAUUUAUGGUCUCGCACCGUUACAACAAGGCAUGUUGUUCCAUCAUAUAAUGUCUAAGCAUGGUGAUCCAUACUUGACAGUCAAUCACUUACAAUUUAUGGACAGGGCCACACUUGAACGUUUUUCCAUUGCUCUGCAACAGGUGAUUGAACGACACGAUAUUCUGCGCACCGCCUUCAUCUGGGAAGGACUCAGUGAACCGGCACAAAUCGUUUUGCGUCGAGUUCCAUCGAUACUCACCGAAAUCAAACUGGAUGAAAGCAAAGAAUCGACUGUAGAACAAUUAAGCGACCGCUUUAAUCCACGUCAUUACAAACUAGACCUGACCGAAGCACCUUUGCUGCGUGUGUUUGCCGCUCGAACGUCUGCAGAGAAUUGGGUGGCAGUGAUUCUCACGCACCAUUUAAUUAGUGACCACACAACACUAGAAAGAGUGAAUGUCGAAAUGCAGGCCAUUAUCGAUGGACAAAGUGAUAAGUUGAAAACAUCCACACCAUUCCGCCAUGUAGUGGCUCAAGCUCGUCUAGGAGUUAGCCAAGCCGAACAUACUAAGUUCUUCGAAGAAAUACUUUCUGACGUUGAUGCACCAACCCUGCCGUUUAGCCUGAGCGACGUUCAUGGCGAUGGAACUGAGAUCGAUGAAGCGCAUCUGAAGUUAUCACAUGAGCUUAUUAAUCAGUUGCGGGCCCUUGCACGUCAUUUACAUGUUAGCUUGGCCAGCCUUUGCCAUUUGGCUUGGGCACAAGUACUUGCUAAAACCAGUGGACACAAGACAGUUGUCUUUGGCACCGUACUAUUCGGUCGUUUACAAUCCGAAGAGAAUAACAGUACAAUGGGGCUAUUGAUGAACACACUACCAAUUAGGCUGGAUAUCGAUGAAAGAUCGGUAGAGAGCGCCGUGCGUCAUACUCACUCACGUUUGAGUGCAUUGCUAGAGCAUGAACAUGCAUCUCUUGCGUUGGCGCAACGUUGCAGCGGAGUUCCAGCAAAUUUGCCACUUUUCAAUGCGCUAUUGAAUUAUCGUCAUAAUCAGCCGAGUAUGGAUGUCACUAAAUCGAUCAAUGGAGUCACAUUCCUGGGCUUUGAGGAGCGAACAAAUUAUCCAUUAGUUCUAUCGGUAGAGGACGACAGUAAGUCGCUGGCUUUGACAGCCCAAGUGUUGUCGCCUAUAUCAGCAGCAAGGGUUUGUGGUUAUAUGCAACAGGCUCUAGUCUCGCUUUCCAAUGCACUAACACACACACUACAACAACCUGUACGGGCAUUGACUGUGAUGUCACCAGAAGAACGAAAGAUGCUGUUGCAUAUAUGGAACCGAACGAAAGUUAAUUAUCCAUCUGCUUGUUGUCUUCAUCAGUUAUUUGAGGCACAAGUGGUGCAUAGCGGAAAGGCGAUCGCUUUGAAGUAUGAGGCUGAAACAUUGAGUUAUGCAGAGGUCAAUGCCCAAGCAAAUCAACUGGCACACUACUUGAUUGCGAAAGGAGUCAAACCAGAUGAUCUCAUCGCACUUUGUGUUAAGCGCAGCACAAAAUUGAUCAUAGCAAUAUUAGGCAUUUUGAAAGCUGGUGGUGCCUAUGUACCGCUCGAUCCAGCCUACUCAAGUCAACGGCUUAUACACAUUUUGCAGGACGCCAGUCCGCUUUAUCUAUUAGCAGAUGCCACUGGCCAGAAAGCACUUGGAAAUGUUCAAGUGCCAGUGGUGAAUUUGGAUGAGGUGUUGCCUUGCGGUCUUUCAAUCGAUAAUCCUGACCCGACCACACUUGGACUCACUCCAUCACAUUUGGCCUAUAUAAUUUACACUUCUGGCUCAACUGGAACACCAAAAGGCGUGAUGAUUGAACAUAAAAAUGCAACGAAUUUCCUUUAUUGGAGUAAAGAGACUUUUACAGCUGAAGAUUUGGAACAUACUUUAUUUUCAACAUCUGUUGGUUUUGAUCUGUCCAUUUUUGAGGCUUUUGCUCCAUUGUCAAUGGGAAAGACGAUACACAUCGUGGCGAAUGCCCUAAGUGUUACACAAGUAUCGUCAAAUAUUUCUCUAAUCAAUACUGUGCCUUCUACAAUAACUACACUAUUAAAUUCGAAAACCUUACCAUCAUCACUCCGUACCCUCAAUAUUGCAGGCGAACCAUUAAAUUCCAAAUUAAUCGACCAUAUUUUUACCCAAACGCAAAUAACAACACUAUCAAAUCUUUAUGGUCCUUCUGAAACGACAACUUACUCUACUUGGCAUAAGUAUACACGAGGUGAUGUUACAAUUGAAACGAUAGGGCGGCCCAUUGCCAAUACCUACAUUUAUCUGCUGGAUUCACAAGGUGAACCGGUGCCAUUAGGAGCCGAAGGAGAAUUGUAUAUUGGUGGUGCUGGUGUUGCUCGUGGCUACCUCAACCAACCUAAACUUACCGCCGAGAGCUUUUUGUCCGAUCCAUUUAGUGACAAACCAUCGGCACGCAUGUACCGCACCGGUGAUCUAGCUCGUUAUUUGCCUGAUGGUAAUCUUGUCUUUCUAGGACGUACUGACCAACAGGUUAAAAUCCGCGGCUUCCGAAUUGAGCCCGGCGAGAUAGAGGCCCGUUUAGUGGAACAUCCUUUGGUGCGCGAAGCUGUUGUACAGCCUUGGAAGGACGAAAUUGAUAGUGAUACUCGUCUGGUGGCAUAUGUAGUGGCCGAUCCAGAUGCAUCACUCGCCAACAAUCUACGUACAUAUCUGACAUCUCUGUUGCCUGAUUAUAUGAUGCCAGCAGCAUAUGUGUGUCUAUCAUCAUUACCACUCACACCAAAUGGCAAAUUAGACCGACGUGUACUUCCAGCACCAGACGAUGAAUCAUUUGCUCGUCAAAUAUAUGAAGAACCGCGUGGCGAGAUGGAAGAAAAACUGGCCGCAAUCUGGAGUGAACUGUUGGGUAUUGAGCGAAUCAGCCGAAAUGACAAUUUCUUUGCAUUGGGUGGCCAUUCUCUUCUAAUCGUUAAGAUGCUGUCAAAAUUGCGACAAAGUGGACUGGACACCAACGUUCGGGAAGUAUUUGAUGCACCCUCAUUAGCUGUAUUAGCCAAGUCUCUGAGCCAUCAUAUAGCAAUCAGUACUCCACCCAAUCUGAUUACCGUCGAAAGCACUGUUAUUACUCCAGAAAUGUUGCCGCUUAUCGAUCUAUCGCAGGAAGAAAUUGAUGUGCUGGUCGAACAAGUGCCUGGUGGUUUAACCAAUAUUCAAGAUAUUUAUGGAUUAGCACCAUUACAAGAAGGCAUCUUAUUUCAGCAUUUGAUGGCCGAGCAAGGUGAUCCAUACUUAAGAAUGAGUCAUUUACAAUUUAGUGAUCGUGAAAAACUUGAUAACUACGCAAUCGCGCUGCAACGGGUGAUUGAACGACAUGAUAUUCUGCGAACCGCCUUCAUAUGGGAAGGGCUUAGUGAACCGGCACAAGUUGUCUUACGUCAUGUUCCAUCUUUGCUCACCGAAGUCACACUUGAUGAUAUUGAUGACCAUGUUCUAGAACAAUUAAAUGAUCGAUUCAACCCACGUUACUACCGUCUAAAUUUAAAACAAGCACCACUGUUCCGUUUGUUGGCCGCUCCAACGUCUAAAGGAAAUUGGAUAGCAUUGCAGCUGAUGCACCACAUAAUUGGUGACCAUGCCUCUCAACAGAGACUACAUGCAGAAGUCCGGGCUAUAGUCGAUGGAAAGGGCGACCAUUUGGCAAAGCCUGUACCAUUCCGACAUGUAGUGGCCCAAGCUCGACUAGGAGUAAGUCAAGCUGAGCACACUCACUUCUUCCGAGAAAUACUUGCCGACAUUGAUACACCAACCCUACCGUUUGGUUUGAGCAACGUUCAUGAUGAUGGAACUGAGAUCGAUCAUGAGCACCUGAAGCUGUCACAGGAACUCAAUAAUCAAUUGCGUGCCCUUGCACGUCAUUUCCAUGUCAGUCUAGCCAGUCUUUGUCAUUUGGCCUGGGCACAGGUACUUGCCCGUGCUAGCGGAAAUGAAACAGUGGUAUUCGGUACAGUGCUACUUGGUCGUCUACAGUCUGGCGAGGGAAACGAGAGUAUUAUGGGUAUGAUAAUAAACACUCUACCUUUGCGCCUGGAUAUCGAUGAUACUACAGUUGAAAAUUCUGUACGCAACGCUCAUACGCGUUUGAGUGCUUUACUGUCUCACGAAUAUGCAUCACUGGGGUUAGCGCAACGCUGUAGUGGAGUGCCAUCUUCUUUACCUCUUUUCAACGCAUUGCUAAACUAUCGCCAUAAAUCGCAGACAGAACAUGCCAUCGAACCACUCGCUGGAGUGAAUAUUGUCAGUUGUGAAGCGCGAACAAAUUACCCAAUAAAUCUGGCACUCGAUGAUGACGACAGCACACUGAGUCUCACAGCUGAUGUAGUGUCGCCGCUGUCAGCAGCGAGGAUUUGUGGUUAUAUACAACAGGCUCUCGUCUCGCUUGUCGAUGCUUUAAUAAAUGCACCACAGCAACCUGUACGAACAUUGACAGUGAUGCCGCCCAAAGAACGAGAGAUGCUGUUGCAUACAUGGAAUCUAACGACUGUCAAUUAUCCACCUGUUUGUUGUCUUCAUCAAUUAUUUGAGGAGCAAGUAUUGCGCGCAGGACAGAAUAUUUCCGUGGAAUGUGAAGGGGAAACUUUGAACUAUGACGAACUCAAUACUCAGUCAAAUCAACUAGCACACUACCUGAUUUCCAAAGGUGUUAAGCCAGAUGAUCGCAUUGCACUUUGCGUUAAGCGCAGCACAAAAAUGCUUGUAGCUAUAUUAGGCAUUUUGAAGGCCGGCGGCGCUUAUGUACCACUCGACCCAAUCUACUCUAGUCAACGUUUGACAUAUAUUUUCCAGGACGCCAGUCCGCUGUAUCUAUUAGCAGAUGCCACUGGUCAGGAAGCACUUGGAAAUCAUCAAAUACCAAUUGUGAACCUAGAUCAAAAAUUGACUCAUAGCUUUUCAACCAAUAAUCCCGACCCGAUCAAACUGGGACUCACUUCGAACCAUUUAGCCUACAUGAUUUACACCUCCGGCUCGACCGGGACACCAAAGGGGGUAAUGGUAGAGCAUCACACUGUCAUCAAUCUAGCUCGAGCUGUGCCACCACGUUUGGGGGUGACUUCCAAUAGCCGUUUUAUGUUGUUUCCUUCUUACUCAUUUGAUGCCAGUGUUGUGGAUAUUGUAGUGACUAUAACGAUUGGAGCUUGCCUCUGUAUACCAAGCGAAGAAGUACGACGUUCGGAUACCACUCUCCUUAGAUAUAUUAGAACUGAAGAGAUUACCCAUGCACAUAUUACACCAUCAGCAUUCCGGAACACAAAAAAUCUGUCUGACUUAAAUUGUAUGCAGGCAAUGUGUUUUGGUGGCGAAGUGAUGACAUUACCUUUACUAAAAAAUGCCUUCAGUCACACGAACGUUAUUAAUGUUUUCGGUCCUACAGAGGCGACCGUAUGGGCUGCCACCUGGAAGUGUCCGGUAGAUUUCUCUAGCCAUUCCAUACCCAUCGGUCGUCCAUUGUCUAACAUACGACUUUACGUACUUAGUUCUCAAGGUGAGCCGGUGCCGUUGGGAGCCGAAGGAGAAUUGUAUAUUGGUGGCGCUGGUGUAGCUCGCGGCUACCUCAACCGACCUAAACUUACCGCCGAAAGCUUUUUAUCCGAUCCAUUCAACGAAAAUCCAACAGCACGCAUGUAUCGCACUGGUGAUCUGGCACGCUAUCUACCUGAUGGAAAUCUAGUAUAUCUGGGACGCACUGAUCAACAGGUCAAAAUCCGUGGCUUCCGAAUUGAGCCCGGCGAAAUUGAGGUCCGUUUAGUUGAACAUCCUUUGGUGCGCGAAGCUGUUGUACAGCCUUGGAAAGACGAAAUUGAUAGUGAUACCCGUCUGGUGGCAUAUGUAGUGGCCGAUCCAGAUGCAUCACUCGCCAACAAUCUGCGAACUUAUUUGGCAUCUCUGUUGCCUGAUUAUAUGGUGCCAGCAGCAUAUGUGUGUCUAUCAUCCUUACCACUCACACCAAAUGGCAAAUUAGACCGACGUGUACUUCCAGCACCAGACGAUGAAUCAUUUGCUCGUCAAAUAUAUGAAGAACCGCGUGGAGAGAUGGAAGAAAAACUGGCCGCAAUCUGGAGCGAACUGUUGGGUAUUGAGCGAAUCAGCCGAAAUGACAAUUUCUUUGCAUUGGGUGGCCAUUCUCUUCUAAUCGUUAAGAUGCUGUCAAAAUUGCGACAAAGUGGACUGGACACCAACGUUCGGGAAGUAUUUGAUGCACCCUCAUUAGCUGUAUUAGCUAAGUCUCUGAGCCAUCAUAUAGCAAUCAGUACUCCACCCAAUCUGAUUACCGUUGAAAGCACAGUUAUUAGUCCAGAAAUGUUGCCGCUUAUCGAUCUAUCGCAGCAAGAGAUUGAUGUGCUGGUCGAACAAGUGCCUGGUGGUAUAUCCAAUAUUCAAGAUAUUUAUGGAUUAGCACCAUUACAAGAAGGCAUCUUAUUUCAUCAUUUGAUGGUCGAACAAGGCGAUCCGUACAUUAUAAAGAGUCAUUUUCAAUUUAGUGAUCGUGCGACACUUGAUAACUAUGCAAUCGCGCUGCAAAGGGUAAUUGAACGACAUGAUAUUCUGCGUACUGCCUUCAUUUGGGAAGGAAUCAGUGAACCGGCACAAGUAGUCUUGCGUCAUGUUCCAUCUUUGCUCACCGAAAUCACACUGAAUGAUACUGAUGACCAUGUUCUAGAACAAUUAAAUGAUCGAUUCAACCCACGUCACUACCGUCUAGAUUUAAAACAAGCGCCACUGUUGCGUUUAUUUGCCGCUUCAACGUCUAAAGGAGAUUGGGUAGCGUUGCAGCUGAUGCAUCACAUAAUUGGUGACCAUGCCACCCUACAGAGACUGCAUGUAGAAGUGCAAGCCAUUAUCAAUGGACAGAGUUAUCACUUGACAACACCGACUCCAUUCCGCCAUGUAGUGGCCCAGGCUCGUCUAGGUGUUAGUCAAUCCGAACACACGCAGUUCUUUAGAGAAAUGCUUUCUGAUCUUGAUACACCAACCCUACCGUUCGGUUUGAGCGAUGUUCAUGACGAUGGAAUCAAAGUAAAUGAAGCGUAUCUAAACCUUUCACAGGAACUCAAUAAUCAAAUGCGAGCCCUUGCUCGUCAUUUCCGUGUCAGCUUAGCCAGCCUCUGUCAUUUGGCCUGGGCACAAGUACUUGCCUGUGCUAGCGGAAGCGAAACAGUGGUAUUCGGUACAGUUCUACUUGGCCGAUUACAGUCCGGAGAAGGAAAUGAGAGUGUUGUGGGUAUGUUGAUAAAUACGCUACCUUUACGGCUCGAUAUCGAUGAUACUACAGUCGAAAACGCUGUACGCAACGCUCAUUCGCGUUUGAGUGCUUUACUAUCUCACGAAUAUGCAUCACUGGCCUUGGCGCAACGCUGUAGUAGAGUGCCAUCUUCUAUACCUCUUUUCAACGCAUUGCUGAACUAUCGCCAUAGAUCGCAGACAGAGCAUGCCAUUCAACCACCUGUUGGAGUGAAUAUUGUCAGUAGUGAAGCGCGAACAAAUUACCCAAUAACUUUAUCGUUGGAUGACGAUAACAAUACACUGAGUCUCAGAGCUGAUGUAGUGUCGCCACUGUCAGCAGCAAGGAUUUGUGCUUAUAUGCAACAGGCUCUCGUCUCGCUUGGUGACGCAUUAACACAUUCCCCACAGCAACCUGUACGGACAUUGACUGUGAUGCCGCCGGAAGAACGAGAGAUGCUGUUGCAUAGUUGGAAUCGAACGACUGUUAAUUAUCCACAUGUCUGCUGUCUCCAUGAGUUAUUUGAAGAGCAAGUAGAAUACAAUGGUCGAGCAAUUGCCGUGGAAUGUGAAGGAGAAACUUUGACCUACGAAGAACUCAAUACACAGGCAAAUCAACUAGCACACUACUUGAUCGCGAAAGGAGUCAAACCAGAUGAUCGCAUCGCACUUUGUGUUAAGCGCAGCACUAAAUUACUUGUAGCUAUAUUGGGAAUUCUAAAAGCUGGCGGCGCCUACAUUCCACUUGAUCCGGUUUACUCGAGUCAACGCCUAAAAAAUAUUCUACAGGACGCGGAUCCACUUUGUUUGUUGGUAGAUUCCAUUGGUCAGAAAGCACUUAACGAUUAUGAGGUGCCUGUGGUCAACUUGGAUGAUGCGUUGCCUGACGCAUUGUCCGAUGAUGAUAACCCCGAUCCAAUCAAACUGGGCCUAACGUUGACGCACUUGUCCUUUGUACUCUAUACAUCUGGAUCAACUGGAACACCGAAAGGGGUGAUGAUCGAACACAGGAAUAUCACAAAUUUCCUCAACUGGUGUAAGGAAGAGUUCACAGCAGAAGAUUUGGAGCAUACCCUAUUUUCAACUUCUAUUGGAUUUGAUUUAUCUGUUUUCGAAUGUUUUGCGCCAUUGUCUGUAGGAAAAAUGAUACAUAUCGUGCAGGAUGCUCUUUCUAUUACACAAAUUCAGCCCAAUAUUUCUUUGUUCAACACAGUGCCUUCUGCGCUGACUGCAAUACUAAAUGUAGGAACUUUACCUUCUUCAGUUCAUACCCUCCAAAUGGUAGGCGAGCCAUUAAACGAACGCCUAAUCAACCGAAUUUUAACGCAAACUCAAAUUAUCAAACUUUAUAAUCUGUACGGACCUACUGAAACGAAUAGCGUAACCUAUUAUACAUAUAAACCAGACGAUGUUCCAAUUGAAACGAUAGGACGCCCCAUUGCCAACACCCGUAUUUACCUACUGGAUUCACAAGGUGAACCGGUGCCAUUAGGAGCCGAAGGAGAACUGCAUAUUGGUGGGGCUGGUGUGGCUCGCGGCUACCUCAACCGACCCGAACUUACCGCAGACAAUUUUCUUCCUAAUCCAUUUGUUGAAAAUGCAACAGCACGCAUGUAUCGCACUGGUGAUCUGGCACGCUAUCUACCUGAUGGAAAUUUAGUAUAUCUGGGACGCAUUGACCAACAGGUAAAAAUCCGUGGUUUCCGAGUUGAGCCCGGCGAAAUUGAGGCCCGUUUAGUGGAACAUCCUUUGGUGCGGGAAGCUGUUGUGCAGCCGUGGAAAGCUGGGCUCGAUAGUGAUACCCGUCUGGUGGCCUAUGUAGUGGCCGAUCCAGAUGCAUCACUCGCUGAUAAUCUACGUAGAUAUCUGGCAUCUCUGUUGCCUGAUUAUAUGGUGCCAGCAGCAUAUGUGUGUCUAUCAUCAUUACCACUCACACCAAAUGGCAAGCUAGAUCGACGUGCCCUUCCAGCACCGGACGAUGAAGCAUUUGCUCGUCAAAUAUAUGAAGAACCGCGUGGCGAAACGGAAGAAACACUGGCCACAAUCUGGAGCGAACUGUUGGGCUUUGAGCGAAUCAGCCGAAAUGACAAUUUCUUUGCAUUGGGUGGCCAUUCUCUCCUAAUCGUAAAGAUGCUGUCAAAAUUGCGACAAAUUGGACUAGACACCAAGGUUCGGGAAGUAUUUAAUGCACCUUCCUUGGCUGCACUGGCUGAGACUCUUAACCCUUAUCAAAAAAUAAGCAUACCAAGCAAUCUAAUUACCGAAGAUUGCACGAAUAUUACUCCGGAUAUGCUACCGCUCAUUAAUCUCUCUCAGACAGAGAUUGAUGCAUUGGUCACACACGUGCCCGGUGGGAUAACCAAUAUUCAAGAUAUUUAUGGAUUAGCACCAUUACAACAGGGCAUUUUAUUCCAUCAUAUGAUCGCCGAACGAGGUGAUCCGUACUUGUCUGUUGCCCGUUUGCGAUUUGUGGAUAGGAUGGCGAUUGAAAAUUAUACUUCCACCUUACAACAGGUGAUAGAAAGACACGAUAUUCUACGCACCUCAUUCAUCUGGGAAGGACUCAAUGAACCGGCACAAGUUGUUUUGCGCCGCGUUCCUUCCUUACUUAAUGAAGUUAUAAUAGAUGAUACUGUUGAACCGGCUCUAGAACAGUUAUUCAAUCGCUUUAACCCAAGUCAAUAUAAGCUUAAUCUGACACAGGCACCACUAGUGCGUUUGAUAGUUACACAAACUUCCGAAGAGGAUUGGGCAGCAAUACAAUUGAUACACCAUAUAAUUGGUGACUACACAACAAUGCAAAUAAUAUAUGCAGAAGUACACGCUAUAAUCAACGGACAAAGAGAGGACUUGUCAACGCCCACACCAUUCCGUCAUGUAGUGGCACAAGCUCGUUUGGGAGCUAGACCAACCGCACACAUAGAGUUCUUUAGUGAAAUGCUUGCCGAAGUUGAUACACCGACCUUACCGUUUGGUCUGAGCGAUGUUCAUGAUGACGGAUCGAAGAUUAAUAAAGCACACCUAAAAAUACAACAGGAUCUCAAUGAUCGGUUACGGCAGCAUGCAUUGCGUUUACGGAUAAGUUUGGCCAGUCUUUGUCAUUUGGCCUGGGCACAGGUACUAGCCUGUGCCAGCGGAAAUGAGAUGGUGGUCUUCGGCACCGUGCUACUUGGCCGUUUUCAAGCCGGAGAAACGAACGGCAGUGCCCUAGGUAUGUCUAUUAAUACAUUACCAUUGAGGCUGAAUAUCGAUGAGACGAGCGUAGAAAAUGCUGUGUACCAAACUCAUGCUCGGUUGAGUGCUUUGCUAGAACAUGAACACGCAUCGCUGGCAUUAGCGCAACGUUGUAGUGGAGUGUCACCUGCUCUGCCUCUUUUCAGUGCGCUGCUAAAUUUCCGCCGCAAAGAGCAAACCAAUCAGAUCAUUGCAUCGAUUCCUGGGAUGAGUAUCUUUAGUAGUGAAGGACGAACAAAUUACCCAUUAAUUUUGUCAAUAGACGACGACGACAAUUUAUUGAGUUUAACAGCACAAGUGGUGUCGUCAAUAUCAGCAGCACGGAUCUGUGCUUAUAUGCAACAGGCUCUUGUCUCACUUGCCGAUGCAUUGAUACACAUUCCACAACAACCAGUAAGAUCAUUGACCGUGAUGCCACCGGAAGAGCGUGAGAUGCUAUUGCACAACUGGAAUCAAACGACAGUUAAUUUUCAACCUGUUCACUGUCUCCAUCAGUUAUUUGAAGCCCAAGUAAAACGUGACGGACAAGCUAUUGCCGUGGAGUGUGAGAAUGAAGCUUUUAGCUAUGCAGAACUCAAUGCGCAAUCUAAUCGACUGGCACAUUAUUUGAUUGCACAAGGUGUGAAACCAGAACAACGUGUUGCGCUCUGCAUAAGACGUAGUACAAAAUUGCUUGUUGCCUUCUUGGGAAUUCUAAAAUCCGGUGGUGCCUAUGUACCACUCGAUCCAGUCUACUCGAGUCAACGGCUAAAGAAUAUUCUGCAUGAUGCGAAUCCAGUCUUUCUGUUGACAGAUUCCACUAGUCAAAAAACACUUGGCGACCAUCAGGUGCCAAUGUUCAAUUUGGAUGAAACAUUACCUGAACAACACCUUUCGACUGAUAACCCAGAUCCAAUCAAAGUGGGACUCACUUCGAACCAUUUAGCCUACAUGAUUUACACCUCCGGCUCGACUGGAACACCGAAGGGAGUAAUGGUUGAGCACCACACUGUCAUCAAUCUAGCUCGAGCUGUGCCACCGCGUUUGGGAGUAACUUCCAAUAGCCGUUUUAUGUUGUUUCCCUCUUACUCGUUUGAUGCCAGUAUUGUGGAUAUUGUAGUGACUAUAACGAGUGGAGCUUGCCUUUGUGUACCAAGCGAAGAAGUACGACGUUCGGAUACCAAUCUCCUUAGAUACAUUAGAACUGAAGAGAUUACCCAUGCACAUAUUACACCAUCAGCAUUACGGAACACAAAAAAUCUGUCUGACUUAAAGAGUAUGCAGGCAAUGUGUUUUGGUGGCGAAGUGCUGACAUUAUCUUUACUAAAAAAUGCCUCCAAUCACACGAGCGUUAUUAAUGUUUUCGGUCCUACCGAGGCGACUGUAUGGGCUGCCACCUGGAAUACUCAAGGUGAGCCGGUACCGUUGGGAGCCGAAGGAGAGUUGUAUAUUGGCGGCGCUGGUGUAGCUCGCGGUUACUUCAAUCGACCUGAUCUCACCGCGGAACGCUUCUUGUCCGAUCCAUUCGGUACGAAUCCAUCGGCUCGUAUGUAUCGCACAGGUGAUUUGGCACGUUAUCUGCCUGAUGGAAAUCUUGUUCAUUUGGGACGCUGUGAUCAACAGGUAAAAAUCCGUGGAUUCCGAAUCGAACCCGGUGAAAUUGAAGCUCGCUUAACGGAACACCAUCUAGUACGCGAGGCAUUUGUACAGUCAUGGAAUAGCAGACCUGAUACUGAUGUUCGUCUAGUUGCAUAUGUGGUGGCCGAUCCAGAUCCAUAUCUUGCUCAGGAUCUACGUUCCCAUCUAUCAUCUUUACUGCCUGAUUAUAUGGUGCCGGCAGCGUAUGUAUGUCUGUCAUCCUUGCCACUCACACCAAAUGGAAAGUUAGAUCGACGUGCAUUACCUACUCCAGACGAUGCGUCAUUUGCCCGUCAGUCGUAUGAAGAACCACGAGGCGAAAUGGAGCAAAAACUUGCCACAAUCUGGAGUGAACUGUUGGGUAUCGAACGCAUCAGCCGGAAUGACAAUUUCUUUGAGCUGGGAGGCCACUCGCUGCUAGUUAUGCAAUUUGCGAAUCUUAUGAAGAAGCAUUAUGAUAUUCGCGUCAGUGCUCGGGCGUUAUUUACCUUUCCAAUAUUCAAAGACUUAGCGGAAAAAAUGACCAAUUCUUCCGAAAAUCUGUGUUCAGAUGUUGCUAUACCAGCUCGUCGCUAUGGCGAUCGACCACCUAUAUUUCUUGUUCCUAGUGGCGAUGGAGAUAUUUCUUAUGCUUUUGAACUAACACACGAGAUUGAUAAAGGUGUUCCUAUUUAUGUGUUACCGUGGUCAUCACCAGAAAAAGAGCAGCCAUCAUCCCUUGAAAAAAUGGCCAAUACAAUGAUUGCGCUAAUAAAGAAAGUACAGCCAAAUGGCCCUUGCGCUGUGGCUGGUUACUCCUCUGGAGGUAUUCUGGCCUAUGAAAUAGCAAAUCAACUUGUCAACAAUGGCUAUUCUGUUUCGUUUACGGGUUUAAUUGAUACGUUUCCUCCCUGCGCAUCUAGUUCAUAUAAUGAGACCGAGCUAUUUUUGACAUUUAUCACAAUGAAAUCUCCAUUUUUCAAAUCGUUAAAUGAUACAGAGUGGUGGGAGCGUGUCUUUAAAUUGUCUCUGGAUGAAGCUAUCGAAGAGGUUAAACAAAAGAAUGUUGAUUUGAAAAAUGAAGAUAUCGAUUGGGAAGUAUUGUUAUUGAAACAACGAAUUCACUAUAAAAUGAUAUGCAAUGUAUACAAUAUAAAUCCAAUAUCAACUACAGUCAACCUAUUUAAGGCAACGGAAUUAGGCAGGUCACUUAUUGGUAAUGAGUACUUGGAUAAAAAUGUUCAAAGCUGUAAUGAUGUUUUCAUGGAAUUUUUUAAUCGUCCAAAAAAUGGAUGGGAAAUCUACAAUCUUCCAAGUUUGCACGUCAUUCCUGUAAAUGGUACUCAUUCGACAAUGAUGACAGAUCCGAGAAAUCGAGGUUUAUUGGGAAAAUUGGUAACUUAG